AUGUCCCCCCAGUCACUGCGUGCACAUGUAGGAGAAACAAUUAAUGUGACUUGCCCAGCCCGUAAUUCUGGGCCGGGAACCAGAAAGUUUGUCUGUAAGAAACCAUGCGGUGGGAAUGACGUCAGCAUCAAGUCUGAUCAGCCAUCGCAUGGGAGAUACACAGUGGAGAACUCAGAAACAGGACAGUUCAUUGUGACCAUCAGUAAACUGCAGAAGUCAGAUGCUGGGACAUACCGGUGUGGAGUGGGCGGCUUUAUGUAUCAUGACGUGGAUGUCACAGUUGUGGGCGAUGAUGAAAUUACCACUUCUGUUUUGAAGACGACUACUCAGCCCGCUGUGACAGAUCAUACAGGUGAGAGGUUUGUGAUGUCCCCCCAGUCACUGCGUGCACAUGUAGGAGAAACAAUUAAUGUGACUUGCCCAGCCCGUAAUUCUGGGCCGGGAACCAGAAAGUUUGUCUGUAAGAAACCAUGCGGUGGGAAUGACGUCAGCAUCAAGUCUGAUCAGCCAUCGCAUGGGAGAUACACAGUGGAGAACUCAGAAACAGGACAGUUCAUUGUGACCAUCAGUAAACUGCAGAAGUCAGAUGCUGGGACAUACCGGUGUGGAGUGGGCGGCUUUAUGUAUCAUGACGUGGAUGUCACAGUUGUGGGCGAUGAUGAAAUUACCACUUCUGUUUUGAAGACGACUACUCAGCCCGCUGUGACAGAUCAUACAGGUGAGAGGUUUGUGAUGUCCCCCCAGUCACUGCGUGCACAUGUAGGAGAAACAAUUAAUGUGACUUGCCCAGCCCGUAAUUCUGGGCCGGGAACCAGAAAGUUUGUCUGUAAGAAACCAUGCGGUGGGAAUGACGUCAGCAUCAAGUCUGAUCAGCCAUCGCAUGGGAGAUACACAGUGGAGAACUCAGAAACAGGACAGUUCAUUGUGACCAUCAGUAAACUGCAGAAGUCAGAUGCUGGGACAUACCGGUGUGGAGUGGGCGGCUUUAUGUAUCAUGACGUGGAUGUCACAGUUGUGGGCGAUGAUGAAAUUACCACUUCUGUUUUGAAGACGACUACUCAGCCCGCUGUGACAGAUCAUACAGGUGAGAGGUUUGUGAUGUCCCCCCAGUCACUGCGUGCACAUGUAGGAGAAACAAUUAAUGUGACUUGCCCAGCCCGUAAUUCUGGGCCGGGAACCAGAAAGUUUGUCUGUAAGAAACCAUGCGGUGGGAAUGACGUCAGCAUCAAGUCUGAUCAGCCAUCGCAUGGGAGAUACACAGUGGAGAACUCAGAAACAGGACAGUUCAUUGUGACCAUCAGUAAACUGCAGAAGUCAGAUGCUGGGACAUACCGGUGUGGAGUGGGCGGCUUUAUGUAUCAUGACGUGGAUGUCACAGUUGUGGGCGAUGAUGAAAUUACCACUUCUGUUUUGAAGACGACUACUCAGCCCGCUGUGACAGAUCAUAGAGAAUGA